GGCAAUAGUUUGUACAGUACGAUCGUGAACGAUUACUUCCUUACACCCCUAGGAAGACACGAUUGGAUUCUACCAUUUUCCCCGCAACAGGACAGACUUUCAACUUACUUUUGAAUUGUCGUGGUGAUGUAUAAGUAAGUGCGCUUAGGCGAGUACGACCAUUUGGAGCGAUCACGGAGUAGUAGGUUUUCUUGCUCAGUUCUCCUUCUUUGACCAUUAGAAAGUAGACGGCAUACAUGUAUCGAAACUAUGCGAGUCUUGGUAGAGGAACCAACCAGAACCUCUUGGAUAGCAGUUCUGGAUCUGGAUCUGGAUCGAGCUCUGCGAACGUUACUGGUACUACUGCCGCUGUCACCACCAACCUCGGAGAGAAGUAUUCAGUGGCAGGAUCCAGUCAGUUUGUGCCUUCCCUCAAUGCCAUAACUUCAAGUCAAGAUCUACAGUGGCUGGUCCAGCCCUCCCUUUUACCCACACCGGGUCCAUCCAGGGCACCUUGUCACCCUUACCCACUGCCACCAAGAACUGGAUCAAUGAACCCUCACCAGCCCCAAUCACACCUUCUCCGACCAGGGGUCAUCAGACCCCUGGCAGUGACAGCCUCUGGAAGUUCUGCAAGGCGACGAAUUGAUGACCAUCUGUCUCCAGAAGAGUUUGAAAGACGCAGGGUCAGAAGAGAACGAAAUAAGCUGGCUGCUGCGAAGUGUAGGAAUCGCCGCCGAGAACUCACCGACAUGCUACAAAACGAGACAGACCAGUUGGAAGAUGAGAAAUCCCAUCUGCAGAAAGAGAUUGCUGAGCUGCAGAAGGAGAAAGAGAAGCUUGAACUGGUUCUCGAGGCCCACCGACCGAUCUGCAAAGUGCAGGACUCGGAUUCAGACUCUGAUUCCAAUAACCUUAUUCCUUCCCUAUGUGGAAUCAAAAUUGAGCCAGUGGAUUCAGAGCUCCCUGGACCCUCCAAAUGUCAACCCAAGCAAGUGAAACCAAAACCUAAAAUAACCAUUCCAGCUCCACCUUCAACCUCAGUUGCUGGUGGAGCUGGGAUGGUCAGUUCGGAGUCAGAAUCUCUCCACACUCCAGUCCUCGUCUCCACGCCUUCUUUGACCCCAUUCACUGCCAGCCUGGUCUUCACCUAUCCCGCAGCUCUUGACGCAAGCGCCUCUGCUACAUCUCAAACGCUCAACCUUCCUGCCUCUCACCAUGGUACAACCCAGCUCUCCCGAAACCCAGAGCCAUGUGGUAUUGCCCACCGUCGUAGUAGCAGCAGUGGGGACCAGUCAGAUCAAUCUCUCAACUCGCCAACCAUCCUAACUCUUUGAUUUAGAUUUUCAUCCAUGGGUAACGCGUGCUUGAAUUUUUACGGGUUUAAUGCUAGGUCAAAGUAAAACUAGUACGUUCAAAGUACACUGUAAAUACAAACUAGUACCUAUAGAUGCACUGUGCCUUCAUAUAGCUGCUAUUACCAAUAGUUAUUCAAGCGUAAUUUGAGAACAACGGAUAAUUACUAUGAAACAGAACACUAAGAAUAUACUUAAACAUGUAUUAUGAAAAUUGUAAG